AUGAUCCUGUCUUUGGACAUAUCGUCACAGUUAACUAAUAUCUACCCUUUUCCAUGCUCGGAUCACAUCAAGACGUGCAGCGCGUUCCUCUAUCAGCAUAAUGGCCUAUCAAAACAGAAUAUCACCAAGUUUUACUCUGUCAAUGAAUCAGCAAUUAAGCCGAUUAGCUACGAUGACAGACAAGACUACCUAGUAACUGUACCUUGUACUUGUAAAGAUGUUAAUGGAACUGUUGGAUAUUUCUAUGACACAAGUUACAAGCUGCAGCUACUGGACACAUUUGCAAAUGUUUCUAAUGAUAUUUAUAGUGGCCAGGUUUGGAAAGUUGGUGGAGAAGAACAAAGUUACAAAGCUGAGGAUGUAGUAACUAUGCAUCUCUUGUGUGGAUGUGUAGAAGAUGACCAAAAAACUAUAGUGACAUAUACUGUUCAGCAGCGCGAUACGCUAUCAAGUAUUGGAGAUUUACUUGCUUCUCAAGUUAGUGAUAUAGAGAAGUUGAAUCCUUCCUUGACAAGUCCACAGUUUGUAGAUAUUGGAUGGCUUUUAUAUGUGCCCAUGUAUAAAAAUGGAGUUCUUCUACCAAGUACCGCAGGAAAGAAGCACAAGGCGCACAAAUGGACGAUACUAGUUGGAAUAUUAUCAGCUGUAACAGUACUUUCAAUGUGUACAGUUAUGAUAUUUAUUAUCAGGAGAAAUAGAUUGCAGAAACGCGCCAAGGAAGAUCGUGCAGCUAUUUAUAAAAGCUUAAGUACUAACAAAACCAUGUCUUUGCAGAAGCAGUACAUGUAUAAAGAUCAAACUGAAGACAUCCCGGUUUUUGAAUCAGAAAGGCCAGUAAUAUACAGUCUUGAAGAAAUUGCAGAAGCUACGAGCGAUUUUGACGAGUCUAGGAUAAUUGGACAAGGUGGAUAUGGGAGUGUUUAUUAUGGGACAAUUGGGAAGCAGGAAGUUGCAAUAAAAAAGAUGAGGUCUAACAAGUCCAAGGAGUUUAUUGCAGAGCUCAAAGUCUUAUGCACGAUCCACCACAUAAAUGUGGUGGAGCUGUUGGGUUAUGCCAGUGGGGAUGAUCACCUCUACUUGGUUUAUGAGUAUAUCCCAAAUGGUUCUCUCAAUGAACAUCUUCAUCAACCAAUGCUAAAAGGUCAUAAGCCUCUAAGUUGGACUACAAGAACACAGAUUGCUUUAGAUACUGCAAGGGGUAUUGAGUAUAUCCAUGACCAUACAAAAUCUCGGUAUGUUCACCGUGAUAUAAAAACGAGCAACAUUCUACUGGACGAAGCCAUGAGAACUAAGGUUGCAGAUUUUGGUCUGGCGAAACUAGUUGGUCGAACCAAUGAAGAUGAAUUCUUAGCGACUCGCCUAGUUGGAACACCAGGAUAUCUUCCCCCUGAAUCUGUGAAAGAGCUGCAGAUAACUACCAAAACAGAUGUUUUUGCAUUUGGAGUAGUUCUUGCAGAACUAAUAACUGGCAAACGGGCACUCAUUCGUGAAAAUGGGGAUCCUAACAAGAUGAAAUCACUCAUCUCAAUUAUUCAAGAAAUAUUCCAAGAUGAGGAUCCAGAGUCAGCAUUGGAAUCCUUUAUAGAUGGAAAUCUCAAGGAAUGCUAUCCGAUGGAAGAUAUAUACAAGAUGGGAGAAAUUGCAGACUGGUGCCUAAGUGAAAAUGCAAUUAACAGACCAGAAAUGCGGGAGGUGGUUGUUGCGUUAUCUCAAAUCAGGAUCUCGUCCACAGAAUGGGAGGCAUCAUUAGGAGGAGACAGUGUGGUUUUUAGUGGACUCUUUGACGGGAGAUGA